AUGGAGGAUGAAGAGUUGGAGGAUGGGGAGCUGAGCUCCGAUACAGACAUGAAGGAGUCGGCGAGCAGAGCCCCGCAGCAGGUAGCCGGCAGUAAAGUUGGUUUACCCAGUGCUGGUGACUACAGAAACAAUGCAGCUCUGUCUUCCAGUGUCCCUUACAGAAAUGUCAAAGGUUUGGAUUCCAGUGAUGACAGCUUUUCUGAUUCUGACACAGAUGAGGGUUCUCCUUGGAAACGUAAACGCCAGAAGUCUUCCCAUCCUCCUCCAGAAGUGUCAAGACCAACUGUGGCCUCAGCUCCAAUACAGAACAGGCAGGCAAGAAGUACAAAGAAUAAUAUAUGGGGGGCAGUACUUCAAGAGCAGACACAAGAGGCUGUAGCUGCCGAACUUGGAAUUAUGGACAUGGAUGGCCAGAUAGAUCUGAGCAGACAGUCAGAGACUUACAAUUAUAUUCUAGCCAAGAAAAUGAUGGCAAAAGAAAAUGAAGGUGAGAAGUCAAAACUAGACAAAGAUUUGGAUGACUACAUGAAUGAAGACAAGGAUCGUGUGCCAAAAGAAGAGAACGGUCAUUUAAAGAGGAAGCGACCUGUGAAAGAGAGGCUUGGUGAUAAAUUAGAGAUGGACUAUAAAGGCAGAUAUGAAAUAACUGAGGAUGAUUCAGAAGACAAAGUUUCGGAUGAAAUUGCUUACAGGCUCCAAGAACCUAAAAAAGAUCUCAUCCAGCGAGUUGUGAAAACCAUUGGCACCAAGAAGGCGAUAGAGCUCCUAAUGGAGACUGCUGAGGUGGAACAAAAUGGCGGACUCUUUAUUUUGAAUGGAAGCAGGAGGAGAACACCUGGUGGUGUCUAUUUAAAUCUUUUAAAAAACACACCGAGUAUUACAUCAGAUCAAGUGAAGGAAAUAUUUUACGUGGAAAACCAGAAGGAACUGGAGAGUAAAAAGGCUGCAAAGAAAAGAAGGCGUCACAUACUGGGGAAGAAGGCUAAGGACGCCAUUAAAGGCCUUAACUUUCAAGAACAUGAUGAUACAUCAAGGAGACUUUUGCAAGUGACACAAAUGAAGCUUUAGCUUCUCUAGAUGAUGAAAACCCAGAAAUGAAAUUAGACCCUGAAGAUGCCAUUGAGAUUGACAAUUCCCAUGACUUGGAAACAUUUUAA